AUGAACAACCUGCCCACGGCGCCUCCCCAGCAGGCGCCGCCGUCUGCAGCCCCCAAUGGACAGCAGCCUGCGAAGAAGAAGCGUCCACGUCCCAAGGAAGGCCCUCUGCGCGCGCCUCGUCGGCCGCUUGCAAAGAUAACGCGCCCUUUGGUCUCCCUGGCGCAGAUGAACGAGACCAACAAGCCUGCCACCGCCGCUGCCCAAGACACUGCAUCGCCGGCUGCGCUGCGCUAUCAGUACCAGCAGGCAGGCGCAACCAGCUUCCCUCUCGUUGUCACGCGGCGCGACCUGAAAGAGCUGCGACACCACGUUAUGCGACUCCAGAACAAAACUCACGUCGAUGUCCAGGACCCAAACCAGUUUGCUACGCCCAUCCGCCUUCACCGUCGAGACCCCCGCGCGCCCCCCAGCGGAGCCGGCUCCCACUUUGAGGAGGAAGACACAAAGGAAGACAUGGAAGAGAUCAAGGAGCGCGAACGCAUUGAGCAACAGAGGGAAGAGCGCCGCAAGAUUCGUGAGGAGAACCAAGCCAAAAUUGCGCCUACGGGCAAGUCGAAACCCCAGGCUUUCCAGAAAAAGACCGAGCAGAAGUACCGGCCAGACGACACACCAGAAGCCAAGAAGCGCCAGCUGCUGCGGUACGAGGAGACGCUGCCCUGGCAUCUGGAAGACUUUGAGAACAAGCAAACGUGGGUCGGCACGUACGAAUCCGAGCUGUCCGAGGCGCACGUCAUGCUGUCGCAGAACUCGCAAGGCAACAUCCAGCUGGCGCCUAUCGAACGCUGGUACAGGUUCAAUGUCAAGGGCAAGGUCAAGGCCACAGGCGACGACACCGACAAGGUCAUGUUCAAGGUGGAAAAUGUGCCUGGCUUCCUCAGGAACAUCGAGAAGCGCGCUGAGGCAAGAGAGAAGGAGGCACACCAGCUUCGAGGCCGAAACCAGAUGAGCACGCGAGUGGGAGGGGGCGCCGACGACGAAGGCCGCAUCCGCGCAGUGCGCAAUGACGAGGGCUACGUGAAGCGCGAGGCUGAUGCUGACGAUAUCGAUUUCAACCUUGAAGAAGACUUUGCCGAUGACGAAGAGGGUCUGAAUGGACUGUUCGAGGGCGAUGAAGUAGACGUCAAGGAGGCUGCUGAGAAGCUGAAGCGAGACCAACUCGCUGCCUCCCUCUGGGAUCGCAACGAGAAGAAGAUACAGGAGGAAGAGGAGCGUGAGGAAAUGGAAGCAGAAAUGGCCAAGGAGCUUGAGAAGGGUCUUCGAAAAACACUCGUCAAGCGGGGGAAGCUCUACGACUACGCCGAAAGCGACAUGUCAGAAGAGUCGGAAACCGACAGCGAAACGGAACGCCAGCGCGCGAAGGAGGAAGAAGAGAAGAAGGCUGCAGAAGCAAAAGCCGCAGAGACCGGCAACGCGCCGUCUGGCGCUUCAAGCAAGGGCACCAACACUCCCAUGGGCUCGAAUACCCCGUCCGGGAACCACAAGCCCGUCGACAAGCUCAAGUCGAAGAAGCGUCCUAAUUCGGAGAUGUCCGAGGCCUCUGGCAACGAGUCGUCGCGCAUCAAGAAGAAGAAGAAGAAUAAGCUCAACGUGGUGCUCGGCAGCGGCUCGCCCACCGCGUCUGCAAGCACUAGUCGUGCGGGCAGCCCUGUGCCCGGCUCGCCUGCAUCGAGCGCGCCCAAGCUGCCUUCGGCGAAGGAGAUCUACGACUCGCUGCCACCGCAGGGCAUGGGCAUCCAAGCGCUCAUCGGCAUGUUCAAGGGCCGCGUGGACAAGGACAACUCCAAGGUGUUUAUUUCCAUUGUCAAGGCCGUGUCCAGCUUCGACAACCAGCGCAAGUGGCUCACGCCGUUGCCGCAGAUGCCGAGCGAAGAGAGCAUCAACGAGAAGCUCAGCAAGAAGCAGUAG